AUGUCACCGGUUCGUGCUGUUAAAGAACUUUGCGAUCUCGAAUCCAUUGGGAUAAAAGAUAUGCCGCUUACGAGUAUUCAAGAAGAAGAAAACGCAUUAAAACAAUUCUACGAUAAUAUUCAACUCGUAGAUAAUCGUUAUCAGAUUCGUUUCCCAUGGAGACAAUAUCCACCACCGUUGGAAGACAAUUUUGGCUUAGCAAUUGGUCGUUUACGUUCGUUACAAAAUAAAUUUACACCUGAAUCGUUCAACGAAUACAACGCUAAUAUACAGAAACACUUGGAUGCCGGUUACGUUGAAGAAGUCACUGGUAUUGAUAUGAAAACAACGCAAAAAUACUAUUUACCUCAUCACGCCGUUUUCACACCUGAUAAAUCUACGACACAAAGAAUUGUAUUCGAUGGAUCGGCGAAAUCAAAAAACAAACAGAGUAUCAAUGACGCAAUUUACAAAGGUACGAAUUUACUGAGCCAUGGAUGUGAAAUUUUAAUUCGAUUUCGUCUGUACCGCAUUGUUAUAUUGAGUGAUAUCGAAAAAGCCUUUCAUCAGUUGAUUAUACACGCACUUGAUCGAGAUUUUGUCAGAUUUCUAUGGCUACACGAUUAUAAACUUCCUGCAAGUGGAAAAAACCUUCGAAUACUGCGAUUCCUCUGCGUAGUAUUUGGUAUCAUCGCUAGUCCGUUUCUCCUCAACGCAACAGUCCGUUAUCACCUGAAAAAUAACAAAAACGAGUUCACAGAACAAAUGGAACGAGAUAGAUACGUAGAUAAUUUCAUCACUGGGUAUAAAUCAGCUGAGAUUGCCAAAAAAUAUUAUCAUUUUGCCGUCGAAGUAUUUAAACAAUGCUCAAUGAAUUUACGUCAAUGGUCAACAAACGAUAAUCAACUUCGCGAUGUAUUCACUCAACCGGAAAAAUCAGCAUCAAUUUCGGUACUUGGUUUAGUGUGGAACCAAUACGAAGACGUUUUUCAUCUGAAACAAAUUAAAAUACCUGAAGUUAUCACUUUACGCACUGUUUUGAGUACUGUCGCUCAAUUUUUCGAUCCCUGUGGUUACUGGACACCAAUAUCGAUCAAGGCGAAGAUAUUCUUACGCGAACUCCAUUCCACUUACAACUGGGACGAUAAAUUAUCCGAAGACCAUUGUAAUCAAUGUCAAUUAAUAUUUACCGAACUUCAAACUGCAGCAAAACAAACGAUGCCGCGUUAUCAGAACGUUUCACAAGACAGUGAUAAGAAUCACUACUGUUUACAUGUAUUUGUCGAUGCUUCGGCGAAAGCUUGUGCAUGUGUUGUGUAUUUAUCAUGCAAAACCGAAGAAAAUAUCACGUCACAUUUGCUGUUUUCAAGAACGAAGUUGGCUAAACUUACUGAUAUUCCAAAGUUGGAAUUAAUCGCAGCUUACAUGGGUAUGAAAGCUUUACAAUUCGUACGUGAAUCACUACCGUUCAAAAUCGAUACUCAAAUUCUUUGGUCUGAUUCCAAAUGCGUUCUCACUUGGAUACUUACAAGUAAAAUACUUCCUGUUUUUAUUCAACGCCGAAUCGAUGAAAUACGCAACAUUCCGAACGUUAUCAAAAAUUUCAUUCCUGGAAAAGAAAAUCCAGCCGAUAUACCAACCAGGGGAAUGUUUGUUGACGAAUUGUUAAACUCCUGUUGGUUUAAUGGUCCAACUGACUGGUUAAAACGAUCAAACGACUGUACAACUUUACCAUUCGAACUUACACCUGAGCUAGAUGUGAUUACGAUUGAAGAACCAAGGACUGUACUUACCACAAACACUGACGCAACGCCGCCGCUUUACGUUUAUCCGUUCGAUAUAAAUCCAGCAGAUUUCGAGUCAUAUUCGCAUUUACUACGAUAUACGUCAUACUUUGUCAAAUUUAUCGCCAACAAUCCACGUUUACCAAGAAACAUCUUUCCAUAUGGAGGUUCGUUAUACAGUGUUCGAAAUCUAUGGCUGAAAUUCGAACAGCAACGUUGUUAUCAAGAUUUACUUACCUCUUUACGUAUGAAAAAGCCGCAUCCGCUCAUUACAAAGUAUAACGCUUACCUGGAUGAAAAAACUGGGUUGAUUAGAUGCUCAGGACGUUUCAAAUAUGCGCCACUGUCAAUGAAAGAAAAAUGUCCGAUCCUGUUGCCAAAAAUGAAAGACUCACGGUUCGUCUUUCUACUGUUUAAAUUUCACCAUGAAUCAGCGUUCCAUGCCGGCACAAAUUUCGUUUUAAAUUCGCUUCGACGUACGUAUUGGUUACCUGAUGGUCGUCACUCAGUUUACAACGCCAUUCAACACUGUAAAAAGUGUAAACGUUUCACCACUCGACCAUACGUACAGCCGCAGAUAUCCGACUUACCCGAAUUUCGCCUACAAGCAUUCAAAUCGCCAUUUACCAACGUUGGAAUUGACACAUUCGGUCCUCUUUAUGUCAAUAAAGAAAAACGCUACGUUUUACUUGCAACAGAUCUCGUAAUUCGAGGUAUUGACGCAGAAUUGCUUCUCAAUAUGUCCACAGAGGAGAUCUGUUUGGGACUUCGCCGUAUUAUUGCUCGCCAUUCGACACCGAAGCUGAUAUUAUCAGAUAAUGCGCCACAAUUCAAAGCUGUGAAGCAAGCAUUCGAUAUCAUCUUUACCCAUGAAUGGUCAUGGAAAUUCAUCCCAGCCCAUUCCCCAUGGAUGGGUGGUGUUUACGAAAGGAUGGUCGCAUUAAUGAAGAAUUCGUUGCUGAAAACGUUCCAUAACGUUGCAUUAUCCGAAUCGUUGCUACGUACAGCAUUAGCUGAAAUAGCCGCCACUUUGAAUGAUCGUCCGCUAACCUACGUUGUUAAGAACGAUCAAGACGAGAUAAUAACGCCGAAUCACUUUUUGAAAUCGUAUUUCACCGUCAACGAUAUACCUGAGCAAGCUGAAGCAAACGCAACCAGGGAUGGAAGAGCCGGGAGCGAGCCGGAGCCAGAAACAGCUUACCUGCAACAUCUUCGAGAACGGGGAUUUUCACCGAAUGCGAAAUUCCCAAAAGCCACAACAACACAGCCGCCAACUGUAGGUGACGUUGUCAUUAUCGUAGACGCGUUACGUAAAAGAAACAACUGGUCCCUAGCUAGAAUCGUCGAACUUGUAUACAGCCAAGAUAACGAAGUCCGAAGCGCCAAACUCCGUACGAAAAAUGGAGUAAUUAUUCGGCCGAUCAAAGAUCUUUGUCCGAUCGAAUUAGCUGCAGCACAGGUACCCGAUUCCGAGCCGCAGCCAACUCUAGACGAUGUAGAAAAUGAAGAUGCGCCGCCGGAAGAGAAUAUUACUUCACCGGAAACGGCCAUACACGAAUUCGAUCAAUUCGAUCAACCGCAGGAUGAUUGGGACAAUCCCAUCAUCACCGUUGAAGAAAUCUCCGACGACAACGACGACUAG